AAACGCAUUUGUUGGGAUGCAUCCAAUCCAUUUCAGUUCACGACUCACGAGAAGCAUCCAUGUGAAUGCAGUUGUCGAAGAGUCAGUUAGCUGUUUCGUUCCAUUGGCUAGAUCUUUGUUUAGUAUUCAUCGGUAGGCUCUGUUUCGAAAGGAAAAGGGGAUGGCAGAUUGGGGGCCAGUGCUAAUAGCAGUGGUGCUGUUCGUGCUGUUAACGCCAGGGCUGUUGUUUCAGAUACCUGGAAAGAAUAGGGUGGUUGAGUUUGGGAACAUGCAGACAAGCGGCGCUUCUAUUGUUGUUCAUGCUAUUAUCUAUUUUGGUCUCAUCACUAUCUUCCUAAUUGCAAUUGGAGUCCACGUCUACACUGGCUAGUCUUUCUCUAUCUUAUAUGUGUAAUACUGUAGCAUCAUUUUCUGUUUUGCUUUGGAACCAAUAGCGAUAAAUCUGUUGUUGCUGCUGUGAUUUUAUGGUUAAUUUCGUUUCAGUAAUGAGAUCUAACUCUGCUUGUAAAGGGGUUGAA